AUGGCAUCCAGACUCUUAGAGUGCUGCUUGUAUUGUCUCCCGGAGGCUGAUCCGAGACUGCCAGAGCCUGACGAGGUGGUGGUCGUACAGCGCUCACAGUCGAAGGGUCGCCCGGCCGAUCUGAGAUUGCCAAAGCCCGACCAGGUGGUGGUCGAAGACACCGCACAAGAGCUGAACGUCGAACGUGCUUUCGCCUGGGGCACAUUCGGCACUGCGCACCGUGUGGAUGGCAAGGUGAAUGGGGAGGAUGCAGUCGUGAAGCUGCCACGAGUCCACAGGUUGUCUUUCCACGUCAACGACGCGCUCCUUCUUAACGAAGUGGACGAUGUGAAGCUAGUGCGUCGUCGCGAGGCAAUACUUCAAGAGGAAGCGAAGGUCCUCCAGUUUCUGUGCGAUUGCCGGGGCGUCGUUCCUUGGCUCUGCAACGUCCGGGCAUGGGUCGGUGGUGUGCAGGUAACUGGCAUGGCCUUGCAGAAGAUGGACUGCACGUUGCGAGAGCUUUGGAUGGGGAGCAACAGUUCUCAGUGCAGCCGCGUCCGGUUGACAGGCAUCCUACGGUCUGCGGUUGACAUUUUUUGGGCACUGGGCAGGAUGUGGGAGUGCGGGUUCUGUCACAUGGAUAUCAAGCCGGAGAACUUGCUGUGGAGUGAAGACCACUGCCAGCUGUACCUGGCGGACUUCGGCUCAGCUGCACGGAGGCCAGGAUUCAAAUGGAAGGCAUUGGACGGUCUGCGUGAAACUGCAAACAUCCGUGAGAGCUAUGCUUUGGCUUUCAGAGGGGUGUGGUGGGUGCUGCCGCAGCUGUACAAGCAGUUCCACAGUUGCUCCUAUGUUCGCUUCAAUCUCCGCGAUGUGACCCCCAGCGACAUGGAAGUUAAGCUGCCCCUUGCCGACCCCCGCCUCGACUACUUCGCACUCGUGAUCAUUCUGCGCAACCUGCUUGGAGAGACAGGCGGCAUCCAUGAUGGCGAUUAUCCGGAAGGCAGUGGAUGGGACGCAAAGACGAUUCCGAAGUCCUUCUACCCACCGAAACCCGAGAAGCCAUGGGGCCAGGCAGAUCCGACGUGGCCAUCGCUUUUGGAGGCGCGUGGGCAGCUGCGGGCCUUGGUCGCUGGGCUGGAGGCGCUGGCGCUGCAGCCGGAGCACGAGCUCAAGCAGAAAGGAGAUUCCUUCCUGGAUGAUGCGCUGAGGACUUGCCUCCAUGACUGGCAACCGGCAGAGAGCCGCGAGAGGCUCAGGAGGCUUCAGAAGCUCGACAUCAUGCGGGGGACGCAUGGCCCCGGACCCAGCGGACCUCUCGUCUUUCGGCAGAGAGAUUCCUCCGGCACGGCCGCGUUCAUCAUGUCCUUCGACCUUGGGAAGCUGGGCGAUAAGCCGCAGCUCCUGGUGCACGAGGCGAAGAAGGAGCUCGCCGCCCGCUUGGGCUGCUGUCCUCCCCAAAUCAAGCUGUGGGCUUUGCUGCGGCCCCGCUUUGAGAAUUUGGAGGAGGAGGAGGAGGUCUUACCGGGUAUGUGCCCCGAGCAGCUGGAUUCGCCCAGCCUGCGUGUGGAGGUGAUGCCCCUCGAGCAACUCGAGAAGGAGAUCGACUUCGAGGUCUCCGAGCACUUGAUGAAGACCAGCUACGAGGAGGUCUGGUAUCUGCUGAACAGCCGCCACGUGCACCCCGACUGCAUCUCUCUGCGGGACUGCAUCGAUGCGGGGCCCGGGCCAUGCCGUGCGGCGCUGGAGAACAAGGCGGAUCCCAACCAGAUCAGCGACUGCAGAGACAGAGACCCCAACAGGGCGGGAUACAAAGGAGAUGGCAGAGGCACUACACCCCUGACUUACGCAACCAGGAAGACGCCCAUUGCGUACUACACAUGCGGCCAUCAUCGCCACCAGAAUGCCAAGGCUAUGGAGAUGAUGACGUUGCUCUUGGAGGCUGGGGCGGAGGUCAACAGGGCCGAUGACAUCGGCGAAACUCCCAUGUCGCUGAUACAGUGGAAACUUGAAAAGUGGCGCAAAACACCUCAGAUGCGUGAUACCUUUUGUGAAACUCGCAGCUUGUUGCUCGAAGCGGGCGCAAUUCCGACACUGCGGACCGUUUCUGUUUGA